CACUUCUACAGAGGCUCGAGCAAACAAUCGGCAAAAUGAAGCAGCUGGUGUGUAUAGUUGUGUUUGCUUUGGUGACACCAAAUCUGAUUGUCGCCGAGUGUGACACGAAAGGACUUAUCGUGGAGAAGAGCUUCCUCCAGUCGGUGCACGACUGUACCGAGUAUCUGCAGAUCCCGAAGGAACGAUUGGGCCAGUACAUGGCCAAUGAGUUCCCGCCGGACGAUGAGACGAAAUGUCUGCUGUUCUGCGUCGGAGUAGAUCUGGGCUGGUGGAACAACACGUGCGGUCUGCAGGUACCCGCCAUCGUGAGCUACUUCCAGCCGGUGCAGGGUGACAAGCAGUACGAAAAGCGCACCAAGGAAUGUCUGGAGCGGCGGGUGGGAGCGAUCGACUCACCGAACAGCUGCUGCCAGGCGUACGAAACCUUCCAGUGCUACUUCCAGGAGUUCGGAAACCUGGUCACCUGCCCCCAGUAUGUGCGUUCGACAAAGCUGCAGGCGACGCAGGCCGCACUCGACUGUCUGGUAAUGCUGCGCUAUCCCGAGAAGCUGCUGAAGGUGUACGCAAGCGGUAAGGUGGAGGAUUCGCCCGAAACUCGCUGCCUGUAUCACUGCAUCGACCUCCGGACGGGACUGUACACGCAGAAUGGUAUUUCGCUUCCGCGCUUCUUCGUACGCGAUGCGGCCUACAACGAUCUGCGCUAUCUGAGCAAGGAGACAAAGGCCUGUCGUGAUCGCAUUCGUCAGUCCGGAUGUGACAAGUGUUCGGAGGUGUACAACACACACACGGAGUGUUUGUCCGGGCUGGGCGAGAAAGGUUACACAUCCGGUAUCAUUACGGCGGCGGCCAAGAUUGCACUAACUAACCUGUGUGUAGGUUGCGCUUCAGAUCACACACCAAGCACAAACUAUCUGCCCUACCAUCCGACAAAGUGUCCGAUGAAGCCACCGUGCUCUGCGAAAGGCUAUCCGGCACCGACCAAGCCACCCUGCUCGGUGUGCAGUAACCGACAUGAGCCGGCCAAACCAGCUUACUCAUCACCAGCGGCUAGCGUACAGCCGGCGGUAGCACUGUCUUACGGUGGCCGAAAGCCGUCGCCAACAUGCAGCAAGGCCUCAGGAACGGGACAGGUUUACAACCUGUCGUAUCCUGGCUACAAGUCGCGCAUGAGCUCUUGCAGCCGAUGUGGUGGCCGAGGUCACUAGUGAACGUGCUGCGCUAGUUAAAAUGUAUUCAAUUGGAUAAAUCGUCCUCUUUAUAGACUGUGUAACUGGAAGUAGUGAUUAUGUUUAGUGAACAGUAUUUAAUUUAUGACAACUCUCAAUAAAACAUAUUGAAAUGAAACCAAAUGAAUUUGAAA